UCUCUUUCACAAUGCCGCAAUACAAAUGAAACAAAGCGAAAGGCCGAUUCAAAUGCACUCCAAAUGAGCAAGAAAGAUGACCAAAAAUCCCAUUUCGCUGUGUUACGCUCUCUAGCCGCCCCUCUGCAGCCAAGCCAGUCACCCCAUCAAAAAUCAACUUAUCCUCACCGAGACUUUUUAAAAAACUAUUAAUCUGUUGUCAGCCAACCAAAGGCUGUCCUCCUGCGAACAGACCAAUGAGGGGGUCAGGCACGUUGAGCGCUUAACCAGUCAGGGCAAAGCAUUUUAAUUCUGCCCAUCAGAAUUAUCAAAAAAGUGCCACACCAGUGUAAGGUGCAUCAUAUUUAUGACCUGCAAACAGAGAGCCAGUCGCGGGACAUUUAUUUGUAAGAGCAAGGGUGACACUGGAAUAAAGUUGACCUGUUGACUUUGGAGUAUUAUGGAAUAGUUGAAGAUCUGAGAAGAGGAAAUAAAAGACUUCAUUGUAACCUGGGGUGAUGUGAGGACCACAGCAAGAAUUGAAGCACCUGGACAUAUUCUGGAACAAAACAUUUAUACAGUAUAAAGGUUACCAGGUUGGUUUCAAACUAGGACUAGUACUGGACUAAACCUUUUGGAGUACUUCAUGUCAGAAACUUGCUAAGAAAUUACCACCACCAUCAUCACUGGAAACAGAAGAGGCGUGCACACAUGGAGUCCAAUAUUUCAGGGUCCUUCCUUUUCAACAACACCUUGAAUCAGUUCCCCACAGACAUCAAGGCCCAAGUAUGCCAGUACUCUAUUCCUAACUCUUUCUACAAACUCGGUCACGCCAACAUCAACACCCAGCUGGCGGCUGGCACUCCGCAUGGCAUCAGCGACAUCCUGAGUCGAUCCAUGGUGGGUGGUCCGGGAACCCCUGCUCUGUUAUCAGGCUACCCCACCAUGGGCAGUUUCGGGACGACCGUGCCCAGUCCAGGGAUGUAUUAUAAUCGGGAUUACGCCCCGUCAGGACUGGGCAGUUUCCCUAAAGCCAGUGUAGAAUGCCCAGGUAUGAAAAGUAAAGCGGGCAGCUGCUGGGUGGAUGGAGGGUACGAGUGGAGAGGACCGAGACAGCAGUGUGCCAAUAAUAUGCAUCACUCAGAAGCUGCAGGAAAAAAGAAGCACACGAGACCAACCUUCAGUGGACACCAAAUCUUCGCCCUCGAGAAAACUUUUGAGCAGACCAAGUACCUGGCAGGACCAGAGAGAGCGAGACUUGCAUACUCACUGGGAAUGACUGAGUCUCAAGUCAAAGUGUGGUUUCAGAACAGACGCACGAAAUGGCGCAAGAAAAGCGCGUCUGAACCGAGCUCCACGCAAGCGUCGCGGAGCGAGAGCGCAGGAGACGCGUCUGAAAAUGAAGUGGAGGAUGAGGAAUACAACAGACCACUGGACCCCGAUACUGAUGAUGAGAAGAUCCGACAAUUACUGCGCAAACAUCGCAGAGCUUUCUCUGUACUGCGCCUGCAGGGACCACAUCAGAUCUGAUAACAAUCAAAGACAGACAAACAUACAAAAAUACACAUACACCUGUUCUUGGUAACGCUUUCUAUUAAGUCUGAACAUGAAUGCUAUUUAUAGGCUAAUUUCUUUUACUUUUGGUCUGCACCAAUAUAUAUCCACAAUAUAAAUCUAACUUUAUUGGUAAUACUUUACAAUAAGGUUGUAUUUGUUUUAAUAAUCUUAGUUCAUGUUUAUU